AUGUCAGACUACGUCGCUCAAACCCAGCAACAGCUUGCAGCCAAGCUGGCAAUCUCACGCCACACUGGGCUGUCAUACCUCGCUAAUAGGCGAAACAUCGAGGCGCCUUGGUACGCGGAAAUGUUGCAUAGGAUUAACACUGUGCUGUCAGGUGUACCCUGCACAAUCAUCGCUCCUCAGCUACCCGUGAACUUAAUGGUGGAGCUGGACGCAGGCGGAGAUGUAGAGAUGGCUGGCGAGGGCGAUGACGGCGACGAUGCCGCCGUGCAAGACCCGGAUGCCAGCAUGGAGACCAUUGGCAUUCCAGUGAAUGAAGAAAAGGUUCCCGACUUCUGCAUCAUCGCCGGCGACUGCAGGCCGGACGACGCCGACGACGGUCGACUCAAGGCCUACUUCUUGGGUCAUAAAAUCAAGAAGAGUCGGGUGGUCGCCAUAGUAGAAUGCAAGCGGCGCCCCAAGAGACGCCAGCCAGCGCAAGAAUUCGAGCCCAAACUUCUCGACCACUUGGCCACCGGGGAAACGCAGGCAGAAGAUCAAGGCGCCCUCCUUCUCGACGCUGAUCGAAGCGUGAAGGAGGUUUAUCUCAUCGCCUCUAGCGGACACUAUUGGAGACUCACCCUUCUAACCCGCGAUAACGUUCCCCGAGAAGCAGGAGGCCCGAACGCCACAUACGUCGACGCUCCGCGGAAGCUGCGGUGGUCUAAGAUAUACGAGAUGGGUACUCCUGGGUCCGACCGAAAGCUGGCCUCGUUGAGGAAGAACAUCAAGGCGAUGCAGGAAGCGUUAUGCCGGGAGUGA